UUUCUGUAUCCUUCUCCUCUUCUUAAACUCUAGGAUCUGCACAGAAAUGGUUUUUCAAAUAAAAAGGGAUAUUCUCAUGCAUGCCUUCUGGUGUUCUUCCUUACUCAGUUUCUGCAUGGUAGUAGUAGCUCAUGGCGUUGAAAGCGAUAUAUCCUGCUUAAAAUCAAUUAAGAACACCUUAGAAGACCCACAUAACAAAUUAUCAAGUUGGAAGAACUUCAACAACAAAACCAACGGUUUCAUAUGCGAUUUCGUUGGCGUUGAAUGCUGGCACCCUGGCGAGAAUAAAGUGCUACAUCUCAACCUCACAAACAUGGGUCUGAAGGGUGAGUUUCCACGUGAUCUUCGGGAUUGCCCUUCAUUGACAUCCUUAAACCUUUCACACAACGAGCUCACAGGACCCAUCCCAUCUGAUAUAUCCACAUUACUCCCUUAUGCUACUUCCAUUGACCUAUCAAAUAACAAGUUUAAUGGGGAAAUUCCACCAAGUUUGGGUAACUGCAGUUACCUGACUUCUCUUAGACUUGAUAACAACAUGUUAAGUGGUCAAAUCCCACAACAACUUGAACAGCUUCCUAGGCUUAGAAAAAUCUCUUUUGUCAACAAUAAUUUAUCAGGGCCGGUUCCUCUGUUCCAACCUGGGUUAACUUGUGUUGAUUGUUAUGCCAAUAACAGAGAACUUUGUGGAGGGCCUUUGCCACCAUGUGGGUCAAGCGAUGAUUUCACUGAAACAUUCAAGAAGGGCCUUGCUAUUGGCUAUGCUUUUUCGGUGACUUCUGUUAUUGUCAUUUAUAUCUCCUACUUUGCACCUUGGGAACAAUCAGAAUCAAAGCAUAAAACAAAUUACAAGGCUAAAGAAUUCCGCAAAUAUAUUUGCUCCAUCGCAGGGAGGAAGACACCAACUGAACCUCAUACCGAACAAGAAUUGCAACCUCUGCAGUUGCAAGAGAAAGCUAUCAAAGAGAUUUCUGUAGUGACAGACAGAAUGAAGUCAACAAUGAGGCUCAACGAAGUCAGAGAUGCAACUGAUUGCUUUUCCAUAGACAAUGCCAUUGGGAUGGGGAAAAUUGGAAUAAUGUACAAGGGAAGGUUACCAAAUGGUUGGAACCUUGCGAUCAAGAGACUAUUCGAUUCUAAACUAUUUAAGAGGCAAUUUCUUUUAGAAAUAAGAAUUUUGGGCAAGUACAGACACAAAAAUAUAGUUCCCCUGCUUGGGUUCUGUGUGGAAGGAAAGGAAAGGAUUCUGGUAUACCAAUACAUGUCAAAUGGAAGGCUUUCAAAAUGGUUGCAUCCUUUAGAAAGUGAAGUUACAUUGAAAUGGCCUCAGAGGAUCAAAAUAGCUCUUGGGGUAGCAAGAGGCUUAUCCUGGCUCCAUCAUAUCUGUGAUUUGCAUGUUGUGCAUCGUAAUAUAAGUUCGGGAUGUGUCUUGCUAGAUAAGAAUUUUGAACCCAAAAUAUCCAAUUUUGGAAAUGCCAAGUUUAUCAAUCCCAACAUUGAGGACAGUGCAAGCACAACAUUUUAUGUAAGCGACGGGAAGAAGGAUGUCUAUGACUUUGGUAGUUUGCUUUUUGAGCUAAUCACAGGGAAAACAUUGAAGGAAUUAUCAUGUUCAUUCAAUACUACUAACCUAUCUGGUAACCCUUCUAAUUUUUAUAAUGCAAUUGAGGAAUCUCUAAUUGGGGAAGGUUUUGAAAAUGAGGUCUACACUCUCAUCAAAGUAGCAUGUAAGUGUGUUAAGCCUUUCCCAGAUGAAAGACCAACGAUGCUUGAAGUUUAUAACUAUAUGAUCGAUAUAUGGGGAGAGCGACAUAGAAUAAGUGAUGGUUCUGACACACUCAACGUAUCUAGUUCUUCUACUAGUGUAGAUGAAAUUGUUGAGCUAUGAAAAAUAUCAACGGGCAUACAUACUCAUCUAACAUUCGUGAGUGGACUCCCAUUUUCUCAAGUGGCAACUCUCCUCUAUUUUAUUUGCGUACAAGUUUAUUUAUUAGAUAUGGCCCUCUUUAGGGGAAAAGCAAGUUAUAUUUAGGCCUACAUGUAUCUAUAUUGUUCAUGAUGUAAGUUUAAAAAAAACAUUUUAUUUUCUAAGAAUAUUACAGAUGUCAUAUAAGUACUUUACUCGCUAUUAUUAAUAUUAUGCUUGCUUA